GUGUGACAAUGUGUCAUUCCUGUUAUAAGCUGUCGUCUCUCUCUUUUUUAUUUCAGACCGUGAUUUAAAAACAGAUGGGUUCAGCCUGGAUUCCUGCCGUGGAAUGGUUAAUCUCCUAGAUAAAGAUGGUAGUGGGCGCCUCGGUGUGGUGGAAUUUCAGAUCAUGUGGAAUAAGAUUCGCAAGUGGCUGGGUAUUUUCAGACAGUAUGACCUAGAUAAGUCUGGAACAAUGAGUUCCUAUGAAAUGCGCCUUGCCCUGGAGACAGCAGGUUUUAAAAUCAACAAUCGAAUCCAUCAAGUGAUUGUGGGGCGAUACGCAGAGAAUGAUGCACUGGAUUUCGAUAAUUUCAUCUCCUGCCUUGUCAAACUGGAGGCGAUGUUCAGGUCAUUCAAAACUCUGGAGCAGGAGGAUGGGACAAUAGAGUUGAAUCUUGCUGAUUGGCUCAGUUUGACCAUGUCUGGUUAGAAAUCAACAUGAAGACGCUGAGAUUGUGAAUGCCUCCUUUCUGCUUCUGAAGCUGAACCAGCCUGUGGCUUAUAUGUAGCCUGUUUGAUAGAAUGGCCCCAGGAGACUCUGAGGAGGCUGUUUACUUGGAGUCUGAUUAAACUAUGCAAAAACCUUUUCCAGGACACAGUGCAGUGUGGGGGCCCAGACACUCAGAAACUGACAAUCCUCAACUACUGCCCCAUUUCCCCUGACAUCCCCAUUCCCAUGGUUAUUCCCUCUCCCCUGGUAAUCCCCCCCAUUCCCACCCUCCCAGAGUGGGAUUGGCCUGGUCUGGUCUACAAUGAUAACCACUAAAACUGUCAGACACGCUCACAGCUUCCAUUGUCUUCCAAACAGCCCCAGAUCCAGACACUGCCCAGGCCCCCAGCAGCAAGGUCAAUCUGCCUCUUCUCUCCGAUCCAGCUCUGCUGGCCCUGCGGGAGGGGUGAGGGUGAGGGGUGUGUGGGUACCUCUGGGUGGGAGCAGACCUGGGUACUGCGCGUUUGCUUGUUGCUGGCUGUGAUUUCUCAGAGCUGCACUAAUACCUGGUGCCAUGUUGUUAAUUUUACUGACUGCUCACUCUGCUGAAGCUCCUCUCUUCAACGAUUUCAUUUAGUGUAUGCUGUGUGAUUACUUUUGGCAUUGACUCUCUAAUCAGUAGCUAUGAAAGUUUAAAACUAUGCUUACAGUCUGCAGACAGUAUUAAAUUUGAGAAUAAAUCAGUAAAGGACCAAUUAAUCCAUUGCAAA